AGCGCGCGACACCCACGGGUGUCAGGAUGAAAGAGCGGCAGCGGAUCUGUUUAGCGGAGGGAUCGAGAAUGGUUAUGGUGCUGCUUUCUGUCCGGAAUUGGAUAGUAAUAACCAAGUGUAUAAAGCGUCUUAUUGUUUGUCGUUAGAUUUUUCCUUUUAUUCAACGUCUUGGUUUUUUAAUACAGUGAUCAAACGAGCAUAGCGGAACAGUUUGGAGGUAGGGCAGUGUGAUGUUUCUUUCUCAGGUCUCCAGGCUGCUCCUCCUCUUUCCUCUCCUCUUCUCCGGGGGCUGUGUGUCCUGUCCAUCAGAGUGUCGCUGCUACAGCCUGACAGUGGAAUGUGGCUCUCUGGGACUCAGACACAUUCCUCAGAGAGUCCCCGACAACACACAGACCAUCUUCCUGCAGGAUAAUGCUGUUGUCAAGGUUACUGGUUUGGACCUGUCUGGUCUGGGCCAGCUCCUCUACCUUUACCUCCAAAACAACAGUAUCUCGGCCUUGGAACCUGGAGCUUUCCUUGGACAGGGAGUCCUGCUGGAGUUGGCCCUAAAUGGGAACCUUAUUCACCUGCUUACCCCAGACACCUUCACCGGCCUCGACCAUCUCCGCAUUCUUUAUCUGGCAGCCAAUCAGAUCACACGGUUGCACGAUCACACCUUUACUGGUCUUCAGCGUCUGCAGGAGCUUCACCUCCAGGAGAACAGUAUUGAGGCGUUGGGUGAUCAGGCUCUCUCCGGCCUGUCCUCUCUGGCCCUCCUGGACCUCAGCAGGAACCAGCUCCGUACGCUGGGACAGGCAGUCCUGAGACCAGUCAUCAGCCUGGAGGUUCUGCGGGUCACUGAAAACCCCUGGCGGUGUGACUGUGCCCUCCAUUGGCUCCGUCUGUGGAUUGAUGCUGAGGGGCAGCGGCUGCUGAGCUGGUCAGAGCGUCGUCUGCUCUGUGCUGAACCCCCUCGUCUGGUUCACCUCAGUCUGCUGGAGGUUGCACCCAACAGCCUGGUGUGUAUUCCUCCGGUGCUGCACCUGGAGGCGAGCCAGCUCACCGUGCCCCUGGGGGGCAGUCUGAAGGUGUCCUGCCAGGCCUCGGGGUACCCCCAACCCCUAGUUACCUGGAGGAAGACCUCCCAGGGCAGAGCACUGCUAGGACCCAGUGGAUUACUGCAGGAGCUGGGAGGAGAGAGGGAGAGGAACAGGAGAAGGGAACAGGGGGGAGGACACAUGGAGAGGAGAGAGGAGGAGAGAUGGGAAGGGGUGAGGAUAGAAAAGGGAGGACACAUUGAGAGAGCCAGGCCAGAGAGCGGUAGGCAGGAAGAAGGAAGAGAGGUGUUAAGGGGUAAGACAGAGAUGAGGAGUAGAGGAGGAGGAGACGUGCAGGGGGUGACAGGGGAGGGGGAGGAGGACACAGGAAGUGGGAUGCUGUUUCUGAGCAAUGUGACGGUGGCUCAUGCCGGCCGCUAUGAGUGUGAGGCCUGGAACCCUGGGGGUGUGGCCCACCUGACCUUUCACCUAGCAGUCAACAUGACAUCAUCAACUGAUCUGUGGCCUCAGCUUCACUCCUCCUCUUCGCCCGUCUACCCGGGACAGACGGGGGUGAGCCAGGAGCCCCUGUAUGAGGGGGAGAGCAUGGACUUCUCGGCACUGAGCACGGCCACUCAGACCGUUAUCGCUGUGGGCAUCUCUCUGCUGUCUCUAACCGCCCUGCUGCUCCUCUUUAUGAUCUACAGCCGCCAGCAGCAACACAAACAGGUGUUCGUGUGUUGGCACCAGACAGGUUACAGUAGCAGCAGUAAAGAUGGGAGGAUCCUGUAUGUUAAUGACUAUUCAGACGGUCCCACUACCUUCUCUCAGCUGGAAGAGUACUGUGAUGAAGCCGGACACGAGAUGUACGUCCUUAACAGCUCCCGUCCUGCGCAGACAACGCACUCUGGACUCCUAGCCAAUCAGCAUGCUGGACUCCUAGCCAAUCAGCAUGCUGGACUCCUAGCCAAUCAGCAGGCUGGACUCCUAGCCAAACGGCAUGUAGGACUCCUAGCCAAACAGCAGAGGGUGCUGGUGCUCCAGGAGGCUCUACAGGCCCAGGGUCAGGUUAGGAAGGUCCAUAGCAGGGUUGGGUGUCUGGGGUCUCAAAGGGCCCCUGUUGAGGGACUGGAUGUACCCACAGUGGACCCUGGGGAUCUCCUCCUCAACCAGAGUCUCCUCUAUGACCCACAGAUGGAUGUACCCACUGUGGACCCUGGGGAUCUCCUCCUCAACCAGAGUCUGCUCUACGACCCACAGAUGGCAUAUGAGAUCCACUGUUGAGGGAAGGAUGACUGAGGGAAGAUAUUUUUAAUGUUUGACUGAAGGCAAACUUAAUUGGCAGCUCUGUCUGUCUGUCUGUCUGUCUCACCUUAUAAACGUCGAACAGCACUUAUAGGUUGACAGUUCAGCUGAUGCUGAAAGACACUUCCACAUUCAGAGAAGAAAGAACAAAUGAAAAGAAAAAUCAUAUUUAAAAAAAAUUUAUUCUCUCUUUUUAUUAAGUUGUACAUACACAAAUUAUAGAUUUUUUAGGAUAGUUUUUCCCCCAAUCAAGGUUCUUCACAGUAAUGAAAUAUAGAUGAUAUAUCUAUAGGAAUGGUAUUUUCUCCAAUCAAAGGACUGCACAUUAAAGUUGUUUAGAUUAUUUUCUGGACUUAUAGCACCUACCUAAUGGUCUUCCCUGCUGCCUUCUAGAGCUUCACAAAUUGUAGUUUUAUGGAAUAGCCAUAAAUGAUUGGUGUCAACCCAGAAUAUCAAUAAAGGGGCAUCCCAUAUCGAAUAUCUAGUGGGGGGUGCCCUGUGAGGACAUCUUGCACCCGGCCUGGCAUCACCACGCUUCGCCAGUGUGUUUCACCAUUGUUCAAGAAAAAAAGCAUCCAGAUCUUUGAAGGAUGAAGGACGUAGAAAACUAUUUUGCUCUCUGCGCUCCAGAAAUUUCCAUGACGGCUCAAUGAUGUUCAGAUCGGGUGAUUGGGAAGGCAAUGGAAGGAAUGUAAUACCAUCCUGGAGUUCUGGAAACCACUCUUUUGUUUAGCCUUGUUCAGCCGCACGUUCCUUCAUGCUGCUUUGAAAUAUCAAAGUGCUAAUUGUCAGACCAUGUUAAUAGCUGACACCUCUGUACUACUAACUGGCCAUCAACCUAAUGUGGCCUCUGCAGCUGUUGGUAAUUUUGAUUUAUGACUUUUAAGUAACGGUCCUUUUCCAUGUAGUGUUUCUGUUAUUUUGUCCAACCCCUGUAAAUGCGUUCAGUAAAUGGAUUUUAAAAUGU